AUUUCGGCAAACCUCGUCGCCCAGCCCAAAGCAUCAUUGAUCCGGUUUCUCUCCUUCUUUCCUCUCCUCUUUCUCUCUCUCCUAUCCCCAUAUUUGCUUGCCCUGGCAUCUUUUUCCUCUCCCCUCCAUCCCUUAGUUGUCGAGAGAGUGUUUGCUCUCUCUGAUGAGUCGCGUUUCUGUGCAGGUGCUACGGCAAUUCUAGUCGACACCUGUUUUUAGUGAUCUACCCGUACGUCUCCUUUGCUCUUUUUGACUUCGACCACCAGGUCUCGAGACCACCCGUCCACUAACUAUUGCGCGGGCAGACUUUAGAUUGCUUGUUGUCUUGACCUUUGGAGCUGAUAAACUGCUCUUAUCUUUUUUUCUGCUAAAUCUUUGUUACACGCCCUCGCGUGUUUUUUUUCCUUUUUCUCCAUUUUUUUAACAGCCGAGCUUGAAGACGG